ACUAGUUCAGUUUCAGAAACACAGUUACUACUGUACUAUAUUUAAGGUGAUUGAAAAGAAUUUGGAAUUAUUUUGUUUAAUUAAAUAUAUAUGUAAAUAUAUUCUUUAUAUCUUCUAUAUGAAUGUAUUAAACAGAUUGAUGAAUAAACUAAAAUAAGAACAAAACUUGUACUACGAAUGAUAUCAUGUCGGAAACAGCGAUUUCAAUGAGUGAAAAUAAUCAAAAUAAUAUACAAGAUAGUGAUAAAGUCUAUCCAAUCACAACAAACACUAUACAAUCAAAUAUUUGCCCUGAUAAACUACUGAAUAUAUCACCAAUAUAUUCAGUUAAAAAUCUAAUAGAUGAAUUAAAUUCCAGUUCAUCAGUGACUUCAAAUAAAACUGUAGUUAAAACAUCGUUUUGUCCAAAUGUUACCUUAAAUGGAGAGAUAAAUUUAUUCACUAUUUCUAAUUAUAACACAAAUUCUUAUACAAAUGAAACUAUAUCAUUUUGUACAAAACAAAGUGACAGCAUCAUUUCUACUAAUGUUAGUAAUAGUAAUAGUUUUGACCGGUCACCUUAUAUAAUUCUAUCACAAAAUAAUUGUAUACCAUUUUAUACAUUACAAAGAAAUUCAUUUUAUAAAUCAGCUAAUCGGCCACAAUUAUCAUUAUCUUGUCAACCAUCACCAAAUAUCUCAUAUAAUCGUACAUUUUCUAAUGAUAUUAAUAACAAUUUAAUAAGUCAAUCACAUGGAAACGGACACCAAAACUCUAUCAAUGUCACUGAAACUUUGAAAUAUCCUUCAGAAAACAUAAACAAUAGUACACUCUCAGUCAAAUAUGGUUUAAAAAAUAGUUGUCAAUCACCAAAUGAAAGUUCAUCAUUUAAAUUGAAAAAUCAGUUUUUUCAUCGAUUUUUGAAAUAUUCAUCGAAAUUUGGCGGUCGUACAAGAUCAGAAAAUAAUUCACCAUCAUUAUUAUCAUCCUCAACAUCACCGAUUCACCCAAAUCCACAACCACUUAAAAAUGCUUAUACAUCUAGAUACAGUGCUUGGGAUCCUAUGAUAUCAUCGAGUAGUGUUAAACUAAUUGAUACGUGUUUAGUUAAAAAAUCUUCUGGCUUUGGGUUGACGUUGAGUGGAGUUAUAACAUUUAUUCCAAAUGGUAUAUUAGAUGUCAACGUUAUAUCUAAUUUAUCGGGCAAGCAAGAAGGGUUCUAUCAACGUUUAUUACAGAUACGAAGUGUGAGUGAUGAUGUAAUGACAUAUGAGAAUGAUUUAGUCCAAUCACGUGGAAAGAAUAAUUCGAUACGACCUGGUGAUAUAUUACUUGCUGCCGGUGGAUGUCGUUUAGCCGGUUGCACUCCUGAAUAUGCUGUACAGUUGUUAGCCAAGGUUCCAGUAGGCAGCGCUGUUCAAGUUACUUUACUUCGAGGACUAGGAAUUCCUGGAAUUUAUUCUGUAAACGAAGAUAGUAACUAUGCCAAACAUUUUUAUGAACCGAGAUCAUUCAGUUUGUGUUCUUCAAUGAGCAGUUCCUCAGAAUUGUCGCCAAAAAAGAUAACUUCAGAUUUUGAAUCUCAGAAUGGAUCGAAAUUUGCGAGAUCCUACAUGGAACACUUUUGUUCAGAUUGUUGCAAUUCUCUACGAACUGUAAAUUUGAUUAAAAAAGAAAAUGAUUAUGGAUUCACUUAUUUUUAUACGAAUUAUGGAUGUUUGGUUAAUCAGGUAACCAGAAAUAACAUCAAUCAGUUAAAUAAAACAAAAUUACAACCAGGUGAUUUGAUAGUGAAAAUUGGCAAUUUUGAUGUAGUUAAACUGACCAAAACUCAAUUUUCACAAUUAUUAAAUGUAUACUUAAAAUCUAAAUCAAUACAGUUUACUGUGAUUCACGUUUGCUCAAGUUGUUUAAAACAAGUAAAUCAAGCAAAUAUUCAUUUGAAUUCUAAUAAAUUUACAAAUAAUUAUUUGAAUUUAAACAAAACUACUAUCAUACCAACUAAAGAAACAGUAACAGAAACAAAUAAAGAUGAAAUGAUCUCUUUCCUACGAACAGUAUUAAAUAAAAAUUGUCAUGGAAAAAAAUCCACAAAUCAUAAUCUACAAACAAAUGAUAAAAACACUUCUUUGAAUACUUCUGAGUUGAAUAAUGUAAAUAAUUUAUUAAUGAAGAGGACACCUGAAUCAUGGUUACCUGAAAAAUGUAGUACUCCAGGUAUAGGUAAAAGUGGUCCUUGUGAUACGCCAGAUUAUAUACCUAUAUCACAAUUAUUAAAUACAUCGAAAACAAACAAUCAUCAAAUCAAUAAUUCUUCUUAUUUAUAUAAUAUGCCACAAUCUGAUGUGUUCAAACAAAAUCAAAUAAACGAACAACAACAAUCAUUUACAAACUAUAAACAUUGUGAUGAUUCUUUAUUAGAUCGAAUCUCUUCACCUUGUUUAUCACCAUCAAUACAAAUGAAAAAUUCUCAUAAUCCAGUGUUGAAUAUUCCUGAAAUCAAUACUAGUAAUACAAAUUGUAAUAAUUUCACUGAAGAAAAUGUGAAAAUUCGUUAUAGUACAAAAGAUGGAAAGUUAAAAUUUGUUAAAGAAAAUACUGAACAAAAUUUACCAUGUAUUAUACCCAUGGAAGACAAUGGAAGUUCAGGCGAAUCAAGUCAAAAUUUAGUGGUAGGUGAUCUGUUAGUGGCUAUUGAAAAUCAUUCUGUACUGAGUUGUAAACCUAGUGAAAUUGAAGAAUUACUUCGAUCAGUAGCGAAGAAUAAUAAUGGUUUUGUUACGUUGACUGUUCGUAGAAUACAUUCAUCAGAUAAGGCUGAAUGCGUGAAAAUAUCAGAGAUACCGACAAAAGAUUCAAUUAGUUCAAACAUAAUCAAUGUGAAGUUAUUAAAAGAGAAAGAUGAAGGUUUUGGUUUUGUGAUUGUCAGCUCUUUGAAUAAAGAUAAAGCAAGUGAAAUAGGUCGUAUAAUUCCAGGUAGUCCAGCUGAUAAAUGUGGACAAUUAGAAGUUGGACAACGUAUACUGGCUAUAAAUGGUUAUUGUUUAUUAGGAAUUAAUCAUAUGGAUAUUGUAAAUCUUAUACGUCAAAGUCAACAACAAUUAAUUUUGACUAUUGAAAAACCUGGUUCUUUGUCUAAUGACCAACAUAAAAGCCGUACUAACAGUUUAGAUACAGAUGAAAACCUUAUCCCACCAGCUACUUCUACAAUGAUUUGUUCCAAUCCAACUGUAUGUUUUCGUCCUACAAAUGGUUUAAAAACUACAGAACUGCUGGAUGAAAACUGUGUUGUAAAGCCAAGCUUGAAUAAUAUUUCGACUAGAAGCUUAUAUUCAAUUACAUUACAACGUGGUCCGAAUGGUUUUGGCUUCUCCGUCCGCAGUGGAUUCGACUCGAACACAUCUCCGUUAAUUGUAUAUCGAACAGCGGAUAAUGGACCGGCUUUUCAAGAAGGACAAAUGAAAGUCGGAGAUGAAAUUCUAGAGAUUAAUGGGAUUAGUACAUUUACAAUGACACAUCAACAAGCUGUCACAUUGAUUAGAUCAAGUGGAUCAACUCUAAGAAUUCUAUUGCAACGUUUCAAAGAAAAUCAAUAUGAAUAUUCAUUUUAA